UGACUAAUUCCGGGAAACGCCUUAUUUCUUCUUCUGGACGGUGGAUACUUCCUAGAACGAACUUCCGGUAGCAGUGAAUCAGGGUCGAGCUGUUGUUGCAGUGGGUCGGGGACCUUAGUCUGUUCGCUGGAUCACAGGGUAACAUUGAACCAUAUUUUUUGUUCAAGUUGGAAAAUCAGAAUCUGCCACACUGAAUGAGGAGUUCUUUGCUUUCAUAGCACCAUUUUCUAACAGUUGGGGCUCUUUGAAUGAGGAUGACAAUGGAAGAGAUGAAGAAUGAAGCAGAGACCACCUCUAUGGUUUCCAUGCCCCUCUACGCAGUUAUGUAUCCAGUUUUUAAUGAGCUAGAACAUGUUAAUCUUUCUGCGGCUCAGACGCUCCGGGCAGCAUUUAUAAAGGCAGAAAAAGAGAAUCCAGGACUCACACAAGACAUAAUUACAAAAAUUCUGGAAAAGAAAAGUGUAGAAGUGAAUUUUACAGAGUCCCUUUUGCGUAUGGCUGCUGAUGAUGUUGAAGAAUACAUGAUUGAAAGACCAGAACCAGAAUUUCAAGAGUUGAAUGAAAAGGCACGGGCACUUAAACAGAUUUUAAGUAAAAUUCCUGAUGAAAUCAAUGACAGAGUGAGGUUUCUGCAAACAAUUAAAGACAUAGCUAGUGCAAUAAAGGAACUUCUUGACACAGUCAACAACGUCUUCAAAAAGUAUCAAUAUCAGAACCGAAGGGCACUUGAACAUCAAAAGAAAGAAUUUGUAAAAUACUCCAAAAGCUUUAGUGACACUCUGAAAACAUAUUUUAAAGAUGGAAAGGCAUUAAAUGUAUUUAUAAGUGCCAAUCGCCUAAUUCAUCAAACCAACUUAAUACUCCAGACCUUCAAAACUGUGGCCUGAAACUGUAUAUGAUUAGGAGCUGUAACUUUCAGUGGUGGACAGAGCUACUUUAUUAUGUAAAUUAAGUUUUGACUGUAUAAAUUAUCAGUUCCGCCAGAGGGACAUAAAUGCAGGAUGUUGAAUGGGUUUAUUGCCAUCUUACACCAUAUUUUUGUAAGAUUUAUUGUAGCUUAUCAUAAUCUCACAAUGAAGAUUUUGCUCACUUUUUGCUAUUAUCAUUCUUUUCAGAAUUAUAAGCCAAAAGAAUUUACGCCUUAAUGUGUCAUUAUAUAACAUUCCUUAUAAGAAUUGUAAAUAUUGGUGUUCUGUUUCUGACAUUUUAACUUGAAACCGAAAAGCUGCAAGAUUAUGUAUUUAACAAUAUUUGGUGGCAAAUAUUCAAUAAAUAGUUUACAUCUGUUAAA